GAGAAACCAAAGUACCCGCGUUGUGAAAAGUUUUUUUUUCAAAAUGUCUGUUGGACAGUUUGGUGUUUUGUCUUGUUUUGAUCACUGUGAACAGACGUGGAAAACGUACAAGAGUCGCAUAACGCAAUGGUUUAUUGCUAAUGAUAUAAACCAUUUAACCGAUGCGACGGGAGUAAAGCGACGCGCGAUAUUGCUAAGUGCAUUCUCAGAGGGUACCUAUAAAUUAGCAUCGGACUUAGCGUUGCCGAAAGAGCUGCAGCAGGUGCCCUACCCGGACAUCCUCGAACUAUUGGAUGCCCACUUCACUCCGAAGCGCGUCGGCUUCGGGGAACGGCACAACUUUUACUCGGCACUUCAGCAGCCCACCGAAACGUUUACUCAAUGGGCGGCUCGACUGCGGGGGCUCUCCGCACACUGCGGGUUCAGCAACCUCGAGGAAGCUCUCCGCGACCGCUUCAUCAUGGGAAUGCAGCACGGGAUCGAAAAGGAGAAGAUCUACGCCAAGGAUCUGAGCGGCCUGACCCUGGCAAAGGCCGUGGAGUUGGCGGAGAAUAUUCGAUGCGCGCGGGCGGGCGCCGCCGGCGCAGCCGCCGCGUCGUGCACCAGCAUCGACGUCGCCGCGCCUUCGGAUGUGCUGUACAAAAUCGGACAUUCCAGUGCUAAUGUACAAAGUGCUACUGAAAGUCGGUCGAAAAAGGUGAAGUGUUCCGUGUGCGGUUAUAACCACAGGUCGGUAGACUGUCGUUUCUCCAACUACUCCUGCAAAAAAUGCAAUCGAAAAGGUCAUCUCCAGCGAAUGUGCAAAAAAGUGAACCAGGUGACGUCAGCGGUGAUGAAUGAGUCGGACGAGAACGACGACGACGGUGAGUGUUUUCAUAUCCGAUCUUUUAAAGGGGAGCCUAUGGUGGAGAGUAUAGAGUUGAAUGGGGUUAAAUUAAAAUUUGAAAUAGAUAGCGGGUCCGCAGUUACCGUAAUUUCAGUAAACACCUAUAGACGGCAUUACAGUAAAACACAAUUGUUGCCAACUAAGAAAAGGUUACUUGGUUACUCGGGGGAAACGAUUCAUUGCCUUGGUGUUAUGACCCAAUCGCGCAUUUCGUAUGGAGGGCAAACCCGUAGUAUAGACGUAUACGUGGUACGUGGCGGGGGCCCGGCGCUCCUCGGUAGGGACUUUAUUUCAAAAUUUAAUUUACAGUUAGCUCCUGUGAACUAUUGCGACUCAUCUCUGUCAAUAGAAAAGCUCCAAGCUCGGUUUUCAAAAACGUUUUCGGAUAGGCUAGGUAAAUUUAAUAAAUAUAAAAUCAGGUUACUUUUAAAAGAACAGUCGAGACCACUAUUUUUCAAAGCGCGUCCGAUAGCGUUCGCUUUGAAAGAGAAGGUUACUAAAGAAAUCGACAGAUUGGUCGAUUUAGGGGUUUUGAAGCCAGUAGAUCAUUCGGAGUAUGCGUCGCCUAUAGUGCCUGUGCUAAAGCGAAACGGCUCCGUGAGGAUAUGUGCCGAUUACGCUGUCAGUAUAAAUAAACAGUUAGUAGUUGAUCAGUAUCCUUUGCCUACGGUGAACGAACUGUUUUCCAAAUUACAUAGCGGUGAACAGUUCACAAAAUUAGAUUUAUCGAGUGCGUACAAUCAGCUUUGCCUCGACGAGGAGUCGCAAAAGUUAACAUGUAUUAAUACACACCGGGGACUGUAUCAAUAUACGCGGCUCGUGUUCGGUCUGUCCUCCGCCCCGGCUAUCUUCCAGCGCGCAAUGGAGACCGUACUGUCGGGACUAGAAGGCGUGUUGUGUCUACUCGACGAUAUUUUGGUUACGGGCAGAAAUAGGGAAGAACACUUGGCGCGAUUAAGUUCGGUGUUGCAGAGACUCGAGGAGGCAGGAUUGACGUUGCAGAAGGAUAAAUGCGAGUUUUUCAAAGACGAGAUUAGUUACUUGGGCUACGUUAUAAAUAAAAAUGGGUUAAAAAAAUCGCCCGAAAAGGUGAAGGCGAUUGUGGAUGCACCUGUGCCGACUAACGUCAGCCAGUUGCAAUCAUUUUUAGGGCUGGCCAACUACUAUAGGAAUUUCGUGCCCGGCGCAUCAUCUAUACUUAAGCCCUUAUAUGAUUUAUUAAAAAAAAAUAAUAAAUGGGAAUGGUCUCAAGAGCACGCGGAUGCGUUCGUUUUAAUAAAAAACAAGCUGGCGUCGGAUUUAGUGUUAGCGCAUUUUAAUCAAAACGCUAAACUAAUCUUAACAGUGGAUGCUUCUCCCACUGGUCUCGGGGCGAUAUUGUCGCAGGUGGGGGACGACGGCGCUGAGCGGCCGGUCUCGUUUGCGUCGCGCACGCUCACGCCCGCCGAGAAACGGUAUUCGCAGAUACAAAAAGAAGCGACAGCGAUAAUAUUCGGCGUCCGUAGGUUUCAUCAAUAUUUAUACGGCCGUACGGAACCCUUCGUUUUACGAACCGACCAUAAGCCAUUAUUAUCUAUAUUCGGUCCGCAUAAAGGAAUACCGGAAGUAUCUGCGAAUAGGUUACAAAGAUACGCAAUGUUUUUAGGCGCGUACAAUUACAACAUAGAAUAUGUUCGUAGCGCUGAUAACAGCGCAGAUUAUCUGUCGCGCGCGAGCUUGGCGGGUGUGAGCGAGAACGGCGCGGGGUCCACGGAGGUGGGGCGCGCGUCUUGCGCAGACGCCGCCGCGGCGCUGUGCGACAGGGCUGCUUAUGUUUGUUUUGUUGUCGACGGCUCGUUACCGAUUACGAUUUCCGAAUUGAAAAAUGCAACAUCGCGUGAUAUAAUUUUUAGACGUGUUAUAAAUUAUAUAUUUAACGGCUGGCCUACUAAAGAAUCUGAUCCCAAUAUUAAGCCAUAUUUUUUGUGUCGGAACCAGCUGUCAUUAGAAAAUGGUUGCUUGAUGAGAGGUCAUAAGGUCAUAAUUCCGGAAUGUUUACGUCCAAAAAUUUUGAACGAGUUGCAUUCGUCACACUUAGGCAUCGUUAAAACCAAAGCUGAAGCUAGAUCCAGGUUUUGGUUCCCGGGCGUUGAUGACGCAAUUGAGCGGCUGAUAGGGUCGUGUGAGAUAUGCAACCGGUUAAGACCUUCGCCACCGCGGGCUAAGAUGGCACCGUGGAAGUUCCCACCGCAACCAUUUCACCGUUUGCAUAUCGACUUCCUAGGUCCGCUGAAUGGUCACACCUAUCUGGUUAUCGUCGACGCGUACACUAAAUGGGUCGAAGUGUACGACAUGAACGCUAAUUCGAACUCGAAUGCAGUAAUAGAACGUUUGUACGACUUCAUGGCACGGUUCGGUCUUCCGAAAACUAUUGUUAGUGACAACGGUACAUCAUUUUGUUCCCAACAAUUUUUAAAUUUUUGCGCGGGAAAUGGUAUCACACACCUAACGACGCCGGCUUACCAUCCUGCUAGUAACGGUCAAGCGGAAAGUUCAGUAAAAGUUAUAAAAAAGGGCAUAAAGAGCAGUCUUUUAGCUAGCCGAUCGGCAAAGGAAUGCAAAUUACGACUCUUAAAAUUUUUACUUGAUUACAGAAACUCUAUUCAUUCCACCACAGGCCUUUCUCCCGCCGAGUUAGUUUACGGGCGGAAACUUAGGACGCGGUUAGAUUUGAUUAAACCUAGUUCACCGUCGUCUUCGUGCGUUCCCCUUGCUGAAUUUGUAAAAAAAAAGCAGUGUUCGCAAAUUGAAGCACACGGAGGCUGUAAUAAACAAUUUUUUACGCCGGGUGACCAGGUGUUAUAUAAAAAGUUUGCGGGAAAUAACAAAUUCACCUGGCAUCAAGCAACAGUGUUGAAGAGACUCGGAAAAGUUUUAUAUGUGGUGCAAGACAACACUUCGUCUAUUAAGAGUAAAAAGCACAAAAAUCAAUUGUGGCUGUACAAAGGAGACGUCAAGAUAGACUCGUGGGACUAUGACGAUAUAGGCUCAGAGAGUCCCACAUCGUCGGUGUCGUCCGAACAACAAGGUUUGGCAGACGCGAUGCAGGACUCCGCGUUCGCUGGCUCGUCGCGGGGGGAGGAUGAGGAGGCAAGAUUGCCUCCAGACACGCCGCCUACCAACCACCCCAACGUGACGGUUACUAGAGGGGUUAGGCGCCGCAUGCUCUCAGACGAAGAAGUAUAGGGUUAUAUUGUCUAUGUGUUCUGUUCUACUAAUGUAUCUGUCUUCUUUAACUCUCUUUGUAUUGGGGUUACAUUCGUUAUCUAAAAGGGGAGGGGUGUUAUGUAUGCGCAUGUACAAUGCAUAAAUUGGAACGGUCGGCUGCGCCCGACCGCUAUGUCGUAGUGACG